AUGGCCUCCUCAUCGAAACCCCCGAGCUUUCUGCUCUACUCUUGUAUAGCCCACCGAACAACCAUCCUGGCCGAACAUUCCGCCCCAGGCUCCUCCAGCACGUCCGCCUCAUCCCUCGCCUCGAUCAUCCUUCCCAAGAUCAACCACGACAAGUCCCAGAAGCUCACCUUCACCCAUGAACGCCUCUUCGUGCACUACAUCGCCGACUCCCCGACCGGCUCGUCCGCGGAGGAGUCAUCAUCCAGCACGGAGCCCAACUCCUACGCACCCCUCAGCUACAUCGUCGUGGCCACCGCCGAACAAGGCCGGCGUAUCCCCUUUGCCUUCCUCCUCGAAAUGAAGCGCAAGUUCCUAUCCACCUACCCGCCGUCCAGCGCCGACUUCGCCUCCCUCCCCGCCUACGGCUGCGCGGCGUUCAACACCGAACUGCGCGCCCUACUCCAAACCUACAACACAGCGCCGCCGGCUGACUCGCUGGCGUCGGCGCGCAAGGAAAUCGAUAGCGUGAGGGACAUCAUGACGGAGAAUAUCGAGCGGGUGUUGGAGCGCGGUGAGCGCAUUGAUCUGCUCGUGGAUAAGACGGAUCGGUUGGGUGGGAGUGCGCAUGAUUUCCGGAUGCGGAGCCGUGGUCUGCGCAGGCGGAUGUGGUGGAAGAAUAUCAAGUUGAUGGUGUUGUUGGCGGUGGUGGUUGUUUUUCUGCUGUAUUUGUUUAUCGGCAUGGGGUGUGGAUUGCCGGCUUGGGGGAAGUGUGUCGGACAUAGCGAGUGA